UGGCUUGGAAACAGAAAAUCUAAAAACCCUUUCUCACAAGUUGAAUGCAUCUGCCAAAAAUCUACAGAACUUUAUAACAGGAAGGAGAAGGAGUGGUCAUUAUGAUGGAAGGACCAGCCGAAAAUUACCAAAUGACUUUCUCACUUCUGUUGUGGAUCUGAUUGGAGCAGCCAAGAGUCUGCUUGCCUGGUUGGACAGGUCACCAUUUGCUGCUGUGACAGACUAUUCAGUUACAAGGAACAAUGUCAUACAGCUCUGCUUGGAAUUAACAACAAUUGUGCAACAGGAUUGUACUGUAUAUGAAACAGAGAAUAAAAUUCUUCAUGUGUGUAAAACUCUUUCUGGAGUCUGUGACCACAUCAUCUCCCUAUCAUCUGAUCCUCUAGUUUCACAGUCUGCUCACCUGGAAGUGAUUCAGCUGGCAAACAUCAAACCAAGUGAAGGGCUGGGUAUGUAUAUUAAAUCAACAUAUGAUGGCCUCCAUGUAAUUACUGGAACCACAGAAAAUUCACCGGCAGAUCGGUGUAAGAAAAUCCAUGCUGGCGAUGAAGUGAUUCAAGUUAAUCAUCAGACUGUGGUGGGGUGGCAGUUGAAAAAUUUGGUGAAUGCACUACGAGAGGACCCGAGUGGUGUUAUCUUAACUUUGAAAAAGCGACCUCAGAGCAUGCUUACCUCAGCACCAGCUUUACUGAAAAAUAUGAGAUGGAAGCCCCUUGCUCUGCAGCCUCUUAUACCUAGAAGUCCCACAAGCAGUGUUGCCACGCCUUCCAGCACCAUCAGUACCCCCACCAAGAGAGACAGUUCUGCCCUCCAGGAUCUCUACAUUCCCCCUCCACCUGCAGAACCAUAUAUUCCCAGGGAUGAAAAAGGAAACCUUCCUUGUGAAGACCUCAGAGGACAUAUGGUGGGCAAGCCAGUGCAUAAAGGAUCUGAAUCACCAAAUUCAUUUCUGGAUCAGGAAUACCGAAAGAGGUUUAACAUUGUUGAAGAAGAUACUGUCUUGUAUUGCUAUGAAUAUGAAAAAGGAAGAUCAAGUAGUCAAGGAAGACGAGAAAGCACUCCAACUUAUGAAAACUCUCUACUUCGAUACAUGAGCAAUGAAAAAAUUGCUCAAGAAGAAUACAUGUUUCAGAGAAACAGCAAAAAAGAUACAGGGAAGAAGUCAAAAAAGAAGGGUGAUAAGAGCAGUAGCCCAACUCACUAUUCGUUGCUACCUAGUUUACAAAUGGAUGCAUUAAGACAAGACAUCAUGGGCACACCUGUGCCAGAGACCACACUGUACCAUACGUUUCAGCAGUCCUCUCUGCAGCACAAAUCAAAGAAGAAAAACAAAGGUCCUAUAGCAGGCAAGAGCAAAAGACGGAUUUCUUGCAAGGAUCUGGGUCGUGGUGACUGUGAGGGCUGGCUUUGGAAAAAGAAAGAUGCAAAGAGUUAUUUUUCACAGAAAUGGAAGAAAUAUUGGUUUGUCCUCAAGGAUGCAUCCCUAUACUGGUAUAUUAAUGAAGAGGAUGAAAAAGCAGAAGGAUUCAUCAGUCUGCCUGAAUUUAAAAUUGAUAGAGCCAGUGAAUGUCGCAAGAAAUAUGCAUUCAAAGCCUGUCAUCCUAAAAUCAAAAGCUUUUAUUUUGCUGCUGAACAUCUUGAUGAUAUGAACAGGUGGCUUAACAGAAUUAAUAUGCUGACUGCAGGAUAUGCAGAAAGAGAGAGGAUUAAGCAAGAACAAGAUUACUGGAGUGAGAGUGACAAGGAAGAAGCAGAUACUCCAUCAACACCAAAACAAGACAGUCCUCCUCCACCCUAUGACACAUACCCACGGCCUCCUUCUAUGAGUUGUGCCAGUCCUUAUGUGGAAGCAAAACACAGCCGGCUUUCCUCCACAGAGACCUCUCAGUCUCAGUCUUCUCAUGAGGAGUUUCGCCAGGAGGUAACCGGGAGCAGUGCAGUGUCCCCCAUUCGCAAGACAGCCAGUCAGCGCCGCUCCUGGCAGGAUUUAAUUGAGACACCACUAACAAGUUCAGGCUUACACUAUCUUCAGACUCUGCCCCUGGAGGAUUCCGUCUUCUCUGAUUCUGCAGCCAUCUCCCCUGAGCACAGGCGGCAAUCCACCCUUCCAACUCAGAAGUGCCACCUACAGGAUCACUAUGGGCCAUACCCCUUGGCCGAGAGUGAGAGGAUGCAAGUGCUAAAUGGCAAUGGGGGCAAGCCUCGAAGUUUUACUCUGCCUCGAGAUAGUGGGUUCAACCACUGCUGUCUGAAUGCUCCGGUUAGUGCCUGUGACCCACAGGAUGAUGUGCAACCCCCAGAGGUGGAGGAAGAGGAGGAAGAAGAGGAGGAAGAAGGGGAAGCAGCAGGGGAAAACAUAGGAGAAAAAAGCUAAUACACUGCGAGAGUUGGUAGAACCUCUCCAUGCCAAAUCGGAUCCACUUCUGUUGGCACUCAACCCAUUGGACUCACAGAUUGAUAAGCUAAUGUUUAGAGAAUUUAGAUCGGAGAGAGUCGGCACGGCGCAGACUCAACAUCAACCUCUUGCAAGCAACUAAAAUGGCCUCGUCCUUGCUGUUUAUAACAGAAAACAGACUUGUAAAAAGCUUAGAUCAUCAAGUGUUUUUGGAUUGGGGGCCUUUCUACAGGGAUAUUAAGAGGGGCAGGCCACUCUUAAGAAGAAUUCGAGCUAUCUACAGUGGGACUAGCAUAAGAUCAAAGCCAAUCAAGAUGGAGCACAGUAAGAGAAAACUGCCCUUUCUGUGGGAGAACAGAAGGGGAAAGGGUCUUGACUGGGGAAGGGCUCUGUGUGGUGACACCUCAGUUGUAUUCUCCUGACACCAGGAAAUGAGAGGGAUCAGCUUCAAUAACUAGAAAAUCCUGGCUGUUUAAUGGACUCUUCGGUGGCUUCUUUAAGGCAAAGCAGAGGAAACAAAUUCUGUAUUAAGUGUAUUUUGCAUUUUUAAAACUUGACAUGCUGUAUUGUACUAAAUUAAGUGUAAUCUAUUAAGGCAAGGUAUACACAACUUGCCCUGAAACUUAAUAUGUUUAUUCUAUUAUAAAAUGUAUUCAGGUGCAACACAGAGACUGCUUUUAGUGACACUAAUGAAGGAAAUUCCUUAUACCAGGCUUUAUUAGACUCCUCAGCUAAAAUCCUAACUUUCUCCUUACUUCUUGGCACUUGUAUACAAGUGGUGUUGCCUCUUAGGACAGGCAUGAGCUAUUCUAUUCUGUAAAAUAUUCCAAAUCUGUAGGCUGUGGUUUUCAUUUUUGAAAAGUAUUUUGUCUGGAUGUCUUUCAAACUAGCUUCAGAUAUUAUUUCAUAUAAUGUAACUGGGACCCCUAUGGCUCAAUAGUGCUUAUUUUUCUUGUGGUGAAUGUGAAAUUUACUUUAGUUGGAUAGAUACACUGUAAUGAUUUCAAUGCUAAUUAAUGGAUAAUUCAUACUGUGCAAUGAACAGAAAUUUAACAUUGUAUUUUGAAAUGUUUUUUUUCUUCCUGUUGCUACAGUGUGUGGUAUUGCAUAAUGUGAAUACCUGUAAAAAUAUAAAUUACUUAAAAAUAAAAAUAUGACCAGUUGGUAUCAGAUAUCUUUUUAGAUAGCUAAAUAAUUUGCUAAGUAUGCUUGAUAGUAAAUAUCUUUCUAAAAAGAAGUAAUCUAUGCUUCUUUCUCACAAAUGGAAUUUGUGUUGUGAAUAAAAUCACAUUGAUCUGCC